AUGCACCAGCGGCCCCCUUCCCCGUCGGGAUAUAUCGAGCCACUCACAACCGCCCCCCACGCCCCUGAUAACCGUCCCAUCUCCCAGAACGAGUUAACAACCGCAAGCUUUCGCUUGGAGCGACCCAAUGAAGAAAUCAAGUAUAUACCGGGCAUGUGGUCUUCUGGGGGCAGCACAGCAGUGUCUAUCUCUGGAAACCAGACACCAGAAGACAACACUGUGUGCUCAACUAUCUCCCGUCACUUCCGCGCAGACAUAGACACCACACAUACCGAUAUUCCUCUUAUAAUAUGCGGGUUCGUUGGUGGAUUGGUGGAUGGGCUAUCAUUUAAUGCAUGGGGCAGCUUUUCAAGUAUGCAAACAGGAAAUACCAUCUUCUUAGCCUUAGGUGCCUCCGGUCAGCCUGCAACCCCAGCAUAUCUCUGGGCGAAGUCCCUCAUCGCCCUAACCAUCUUCCUUGCGAGUAAUCUCAUCUUCAUUCACAUGCAUCGGCUCUUGGGGCCACGACGCCGCUCAACUAUGAUAAUCUCAUUUGGUAUUCAGACUAUUGCCCUUUUAGCGACAGCAGUUCUUAUCGAGCUGGAGGUCAUCACCCCGAAGCCGGAGGACCCCCGAGCUCCGAUUGAAUGGAUGCAAGCCCUAGCAAUUUCACUUCUAGCUUUCCAAGCGGGAGGCCAGAUCUGUGCUUCCCGGGUCCUGGCCCUAGAUGAAAUCCCAACUGUUGUUGUGACGGCUAUGCUAUGCGAUCUGCUUGUCGAUCCAAAGCUGACUGCAAAGUUCAACCCGAAGCGCAACCGUCGAGUAGGGGCUUUUCUGGCAUUGUUUCUGGGCGCCAUGACAGCGGGUGGGCUUUCUAAGGCCACGACUAUGGCGUCUAGUAUAUGGCUUGCUAUGGGUCUGAAGUUGAUAGUUACCUUGGGAUGGGUUGUUUGGCAGCGGGAGGGGAGGAGAAAGAGUGAAUUUGAGGUGUGA